AUGUUGAAGCGUCAUAUCACGAUUUUUCCAACCCAUCGUCUUACCCAUCCAGAGCUAUAUAAACGCCAGAAUCCCUCCGAUCAAAUCCAAUUCUCUAAACUCAAACUCAAACCAUCUUCAAACAAACACCACUCUACAAAUCCUCCGCAACUUCCACUGCUAGUUAUCAACUUUCGAUCUUCCCAACCAAUUUCAAACGAGUCCUCAUCAACUACCUCCAAAAAAAUGGGUGCCAACACCAUUACAAUAACCAACAACUCCACCGCUGACGUUUAUGUCAGUGUCACAUAUGACGGAAACGACUUCCAAAAGGGCGGAAGCGAGGUCUGGUAUCCUCUUACAGCCAAUGGAGGAACCGACACCUGGAAUUACCGGGCCGAGAAUCAAAUCGCCAGAGUCGCUAGAAGCAAGACUGCUGGGACAGUAAUUGAGUCUUUCCUUGCUGUACCAGGGAAAACCAUCUACAUCUACUAAUUGUAGACUACUGGUGGCAGGUUUUCGCUUCCUCUGAUGGAAUGAGAGCCCAGUAGUGUCACACCUACUAUUGAAAGAAAUGGUUCAUCACAGUAACUUAGCUAUAUGGCAGAUUGAAUGAAUAUAGCAACAUAACCCAAC